UGUGUGUGUGUGUGUGUGUGUGUGUGUGUGUCAGCUGUCAGCUGUCAGAUGUCAGAUGCAAGCAGCAGCUUUAUUCUGUGUUUACCUCCCGAGACUAUGGGACUGCUGCAUUGCUAUUGUUUAACGCAAAGCUGCGAGGCCUUCCUGGCAUUUGCGGGGACAUUCGUUAUGAUCUAAGCAAUAAUAUAUGUUAAAAUAGGAGCUAGGUGGCUACUCUGUUGCGUUUGUACAUAAAACACUAAUAUAUAACGUAAUAGUCACCAGAUCAACCUUGCUGUUGAUCUGGUGACUAUUUGUCUCGAAAGGAUGUCGACACGGAACAAAGUUCAGAAGCUGCUCAAACCAAAUAAGCAGAUAUCCAAUCUUAGAUUGAGUAGAUCAAUAGCUGCUCCAUCAGUACUGAUAGUGUGGUCACAAGGUAAGUUACUUUCUGCACUGGCAUUUAAAUGUAAUGUUUAAAUACAGCUGCUGGGAAAACAAAUGCAUAUUUCUCAGUACAUUACAGUGCUCGCGCUACUUGGGCUUGAGUCUACAUAUGGUAGACGUUCAGUACAAUAUACAGUUGAGAAUGCUACACAUUUACUUCCCAAAAAAAGAAAACCAAAAAGCUAUGUGACAGCAAAGCAGUGGUGACAACAUUAAAUAACUAUGUAUAAUAAGUGGGGGUGUGGUAUGCUUCCUAGGAUGUGUUGCAACAUCAUUUGACUUGUAACUAACACAUACUGUGUACCUUUGCUUACGAUGCCACACCUCCAUAAAGAUGAUCUUUUUAAUUGUAUUACUUACAUACAGACUGUCCGAUAUCAUGCUUAAAGUGGAGUUAUUUGUGGUUGUCCUACGGCCUAGUGCUAGUUGUUGGGCCGCAAAGGGAUACACCUUUUGCAGUACUCGUGUAUUGCAGUGCGCUGAGCCAGUAGACAGCCCUGAGUCUGUGGUGCCCAUCCCUCACAUGGAAUAUCCAACGCCUCCAUGUGAUUCCAGGCUGGCUGCUUCUCUUAAAGGGACAGCGAUCCUGAGAGAGCCUAAAUGUGCCGAUCGGCUUUCCGGUGAGAGACAGAAAUCUCUUAGACUUCAGAAUUGUCCAAUUUUUAAAUUGACUACUUUCCAACCUUGUGGGGGGAAAUGUAAUGUAUGUCGAUCAUGUGUAUCUUAGGCCGUUAGCUGCUUUGUUAAUACUUUUCCAACAAGCAAGAGGUGCUUUACUUCAAAAUGUAUAUGCUCCUAAUUCAUACAGCAUAUUUGUUUUCUUUCUGUUUUGUCUGCAGUCAUUCUGUCCAUCAAGUUCCACUCAGCAGUUUCCUGCCUGGUUCCGUCAUGUGUGAUCUCAGGGAAGAAGACGAUUUGGAGUUAGAUCACAUGAUUGAUUUUUCCCAGAUAAACAGUCGCCUGGACUCAUUCCGUGGCUCCAGUCUGGCCCAGCAGGUACCAGCAGAACACUUGGCCCGGGCCGGCUUCUACUUCACCGGCAAUGCCGAUCGUGUCCGCUGUUUCAGCUGCCGGGAGACUGUGGAAAACUGGUGCAGGGGAGACAUGCCUGUGGAGAGACAUAAAGAGGUUUCCCCAUCAUGCAGGUUUCUGAGCUGCAUCCACCGCACCAAUUUCAACCUGAGUUGUGAAAACAGACUGACCAACGGUUCCCCAUACAACGAAGAAGCAGAAGACAUGGAAUAUCGUUUGAGAAGAGGAGAGGUGGUCGAUGAGUCCACCUACCCAAUGGCCCCACACAUGAAGAGCGAGGAGGCCCGGCUUCAGACCCUCUCUGCUUGGCCCUCUGCUGCUCCUGUGAGAGCCCGAGAUCUGGCCCAAGCCGGCCUCUACUACCUCGGGGGGGGCGACCGGGUGCAGUGUUUCUGCUGUGGGGGCAUGCUGGCUGGUUGGGAAGCAGGGGACACCGCCUGGGAAGAGCACACCAAACAUUUCCCCAACUGCUUCUUCAUCCUCGGUCACGAUGUGGGCAACAUCCCAUCCCAGGGGGGCACGGAGGAGGAGGAGAGCGGCAGCAGACGGCAUGCAAACGCUCGUGUCCCUAUGGGGAGUUUGGAGGAGAGGCUUGGCAGCUUAGCGGGCGUCUUGCAUCCCAUUGACCACGAGAGGCUCGCCAGAGCUGGCUUCUACAGCGCAGGGACCGGAGGAGACGGGGUGUUGUGUUUCCGCUGUGGCGGAGGCCUGAAAGGCUGGCAGCCUGAAGAAGACCCGUGGGAGGAACAUGCCAAACACUACCCUGGAUGCAGCUUCCUGUUAGCAGAAAAAGGACAAGAAUUUGUCAACAGUAUCCAGCUACAAGACCCACGACGAAAUCGAGCUGCUUCAAGUCAUCAGAAUGGAUUUUCUGGACAUGGGAAUGAGGUGCUGCAGUCUGCCGUGGCUCAGACGACCAUUGGGAUGGGUCUGGAGCCCGGUGUGGUGGAAAAGACCAUCUUGGAGAAAAUUGGCAAGACGGGCUCAGGCUACUCCACCGUGGAAGAACUUAUGGAGGAUUGUCUUAAGGAUACACUACAACGUGAUGCUGCCAACUCACAGGACCAAGAUGUGGACCCGCUGGAGAAACUGCGGGAGCUGCAGAGGGAGAAACAGUGCAAAAUAUGUAUGGACAGAGAUAUUGGCAUCGUCUUCAUCCCGUGUGGACAUCUGGUCACCUGCAAGAAGUGUUCAGAGUCGCUCGUCAAGUGUCCAAUCUGCUGCGGAGCCAUAACACAGAAGAUCCAGACCUAUAUCGCCUAAGGGAAUCUCAGACUCUGGCCAAACGUCAAUGCUGCUUUCUCACCGUCUUUAUAAUAUUGUAUUUUAAUAAAAAAUGUCGAUAGCCUGUGAUAUAUUUAAGGAUAAUGUUUGUAUGUAAAUGAGAGUGAAAGAAUGAGUAAUCGUCACAAGACAACAAUAUUUUCACACUCACUGAGGUUGUAAAUAGGUGUUAAUAUAAGAUGGGAUGGUAUUAUAAAUAGCUGAUUUUGAUUUUUUAUAAUUGGCCUUUUAAUGGGUACUGAAAGUUGUAAAUUCACAUUUAAGAUUAAUUACCAUUUUGCAACACUUUCCUGCCAGAGGUGCCUUUUUCCUGGUUCAUGUACUUGUGUCAUUUUGUUUUAUUUUGGACAUUUUCGGCAGUGGCAACUGAUCUUGACAUGGGAUGUGAUAUCAGUUGGUUUCAUACACUUGUGUGUCUCACUCAUGUAUUUUAUGGACUCAAUUUUCUCAAAAUGUGCUGCUCCUUAUUGCGAUAUGUAAAUGUAGAUCAUUAACCCAUUUAAUAAUUCUUUAUAACUGACUAAAUCAGCUCUAAUGUAGUGCUGACAAUCAUAGGCUGCAGUUAAUCAAUUUUGUGUGAAAUGAUUUUACCAUUCCAUCAUGCAAUCUGUCAUGUCAUAAAGAGUGAAUAAAUUGUAACUUUUGGAUGUGGAAAAAUGUUUUUCUUUGAUUAUUACUACACUGCAAAGUCUAACUACAAAAAGGAGACCAGAUCAACCUUGUGCCUCACUUACAAAGGGUUUACAUACCUUUG